UUACUGAAUUGAGCCCACUGCAGUAAGACUAGUGGACAUGAAAGAAAGAGGUAUUGUGAAGGGAAAAAAUGCAGUUCUUCAGGGGACUCACAAGGAAGAAACAAUCAUCAUCCUCUGCCUCUGCAGAAAGGCGGAAGAAUGAACAGGAUUAUUAUUUAAAAAAUGGAAGUUCCGUGCUAGAGGAGUUCCUUGCUUUAUGCGACGGAAAUUGCAGAAUUCCCAUCCGGUACUUCACUGCCACUGAGAUCGAGAAUGCAAUUAAGCACUCUGAAAGCAAAAUGGAGCUUUCCGAUGUGUACAUGGUUACGGGCUCGCUGAACAACCGCCCCGUUUUAGUUAGGUUCAAUAGAUCAUGUCAACUGAAUAUCUACCGAGAUAUAGCAAUUACUGCUCAGAUGAGUCAUCUCAAGAAUGUGCUGAGACUUGUUGGUUGCUGUCUAGAGUUUGAAGAACCAGUUAUGGUGUAUGAAUAUGUUGAAGGUAUAUCUCUUAGCGAUCUACUUUUCAAAAAGGGUAAUUCUAAUAGAAAAUCGUUAUUAUCUUGGGGAAAUCGAUUACGGAUUGCCAAUGAGGUUGCUUCUGCAAUCGUUUUUCUACAUACCGAAUUUACUACGCCCAUUAUCCACAGAGAUAUAGCGCCAUCUAAAGUGAUAAUAGAUCAGAAUAACGGCGUUGCCAAAAUUUUGGACUUCUCACUCUCCAUAUCUUUGCCUCCAGGAAAAUUGGAAAUGAAAUCAGAAGAUGGUGUGCUCGGAACACUCGGGUAUAUAGCUCCUGAAAAUGGCUCCUAUGAUAUUAUUACUCAAAAAAUUGACGUCUACAGCUUCGGGGUUCUUCUCUUUGAGCUAUUAACUGGAAAAAAAAUGGUUGAAAUGGUGGAUUCUGCAAUUUCAAAAGAGCCAAUAGAUUGUGAAGAAGUCAACAAAUCCAGUAUUGAAGAGCGUAAUGCUAUGGAUACAACUUUUGAAAAUCUUCAUCCCAACAUUGUUGAUCGCUAUAUUAGAGAGAACAGUGUAAUAGAUAUAGUGGAUCCUACCAUUUUCGAAGAGCAUGGAAUCGAAAUUCAACAACAAUUGGAAGACUACAUAGAUCUUGUUAAGAGAUGCACAACUUACAACGGAGAAAACAGACCAUACAUGAUUCACGUUGCAAGGGAAUUACGCCGAAUUGAGAAAUGCUUCCGUGCCCUCACUAUUGGUCAAAAUUAAAUGUUUGUUUUAAUACAUGAGGUGAAAAAAGAAGUUUGCUUAUACUGUCAUAUUUAUGUUGAACAAUAAAUGAGAUCUGCAGACAA